AUGACCGCCGUGUCCAUGCAGGUCAUGGACAAAGAGCGCCUCGGCACUCUUGUGUCUCCCAGGGCUCAGGCGUUCUAUACCCGAGGCGUCGUCGCCAUGCGCGAACUCCUCCAUGGAGAGCUGACAUGCAAUUACGAUGAAGUCCUGACCGGCAUCUUUAUGCUGGAAAUCUACGAAAUCCUGAGCGCCAUCGGCCUAGAAUCCGUUCACAGCGCUGUCCAUCAAAAUGCGGGUAUGCGGAUCAUGAAGCGGGCUUCGACUCUGAAUAUCGAUACCCGGCCCACGGCACCCAUUGCCGUUGCCUUGCAGUCAAGGUAUAUUUAUGCCUGUCUCAGCGCUGGACUUCCGACACCUCUUUGCACGAGGCUUGACGACUUUGUCGCCUUCCCCGGCGUGGGCGGCAAGCUCGAUUCGUUUGCUGCCGAAGUAGCUGAUCUGCUGUACGAACGCCGCAUCAUUCUCAACCGCUCCCCACAAGCAUCAUCCCCAAAUACAACAUCCUUCCUCACACCAAGCGCAACACCCAAGACACCCGCCUCGUCCACGGCGAGCACCGACCUUGCCCCCUCCACGGCCGCCGUCCUCCUCCUUCGAACCAUCUCCCUCCUCACCCGUCUCCAAUCCUGGUACGCCUCCCUCCCCCCAUCCUGGCACCGGCACCGCCUUCCCCCAACCUCCAACAUCCACAGCACCAUCCGCAUCUCCAGCAUUUACGCCGGUCUCUGCGAUGUCUACACCUCCCUCCCCAUCAGCCACUCCCUAGGCAUGUACCGCGUCCUCCGCAUCGCCAGCCUCCAGACCCGCCACCUCCUCGAAACCCACCUCUCCCAUAACCAGAACUCCUCCACCACGCCGGACACAUACGCCGACGCCGACGUCCUCGCCGGCGCCAACUCCCAACCCGAAGUCCAAGCCCUCGUUGACGACCUCUGCGCCGCCGUCCCAUUCCACCUGGGCAACCGCGGCCACCCGCUCGAAGCCCUGGUGGGGACGCUCUAUCCGCCCACGCCGGACUGGCUGCGGCGCAAAGCGCGCUUUGUGGAUCAGUAUGGCGCGGCGACGGAGAUGACGGAUCUGCAUCACGCGGCCGAGGCGGCGAGUCGUGGCGGAUUCAUGAUUCUGAUGCCGCUGCUGGGGGUGUUGCAGCUUUUUGUUGGUGGGGAUGUGGAGGGCCAGCUCGGGCAGGAAGACGCGGAGGCGGAGACGGGUGCGGGAGGAGGGCGAAGGAGGAGGGUGAGGGGGAAUCCGUUCAAGUUGAGGGAUGGGCAGCUGAUGUGGAUGCAGGCGCAGGUGAUGAGGACGUCGCAGCUUUUGCUGAAGCCGUCGGUGGCUUAG